CAAACGAGGACCAGGCUCCCCGAAAUGCUGAGGCUGGGCGAACCGGCCGCCGUGGCCUUCGGACGCUUUCUUCCGUUAGGGAGGAAUCCCAGAGCGAUGGGACGAGGCGCCCCCGCCCGCUGGGCUCCAGUCCGCGGCUCCCCCAGCUCCGUCUUGGGCCCCUCUGGCGGUGCCCGCACCGCGAAGCCGCCCCUCGGCCUUCUUCGGUGUAAUUGCCCCGGACGGGGACGCCCUCCUCGGGUGUUCGGGGAACUAUGAACGAAGAGGAGCAGUUUGUAAACAUUGAUUUGAAUGAUGACAACAUUUGCAGUGUUUGUAAACUGGGAACAGACAAAGAAACACUCUCCUUCUGCCACAUUUGUUUUGAGCUAAAUAUUGAAGGAGUACCAAAGUCUAAUCUCUUGCACACCAAAUCAUUAAGGGGCCAUAAAGACUGCUUUGAAAAAUACCAUUUAAUUGCAAACCAGGGUUGUCCUCAAUCUAAGCUUUCAAAAAGUACUUAUGAAGAAGUCAAAACCAUUUUGAGUAAGAAGAUAAACUGGAUUGUACAAUAUGCACAAAAUAAGGAUCUGGAUUCAGGUUCUGAAUGUUCUAAAAACCGCCAGCAUCAUCUGUUUAAUUUCAGGCAUAAGCCAGAAGAAAAAUUACUUCCACAGUUUGACUCCCAAGUACCAAAAUAUUCUGCAAAAUGGGUAGAUGGAAGUGCAGGUGGCAUCUCUAACUGUACACAAAGAAUUUUGGAGCAGAGGGAAAAUACAGACUUUGGACUUGCUAUGUUACAAGAUUCAGGUGCCACUUUGUGUCAUAACAGUGUAUUGUGGUCUCAUAGUCACAACCAGGCACAGAACAAAGAAGAGACAAUCUCUAGUCCAGAGGCUAAUGUCCAGACCCAGCAUCCACAUUACAGCAGAGAGGAAUUGGAUUUGAUGACUCUUGGUGAGGUAGAGCAACUGAACGCAAAGCUCCUACAGCAAAUCCAGGUACUUCAGAGAUACUGCGUUGCUUACAAAGAUCAUGUAUCCAGUCAGCAGCAGAUCAAGGAUUUAAACUCCAAAGAAGUUUUUGAAGAGUUAACACACCAAGUACAAGAAAAAGAUUCUUUGGCCUCACAGCUCCAUGUCCGCCACGUUGCCAUUGAACAGCUUCUGAAGAACUAUUCUAAGUUACCAUGUCUGCAAGUAGGGCGAACAGGAAUGAAGUCACACCUACCCAUAAACAACUGACCUAAACAGACCUGCUUCAUAUGCCCUACCCUUUAUUGGUCUCCGAGACAUGCAAACUUUGAAGAAGUUUGAAGAAAGUUGUGGUUCAUUUUUUUAUGGUCAUUAAAUUUGCCAAACAUGAGGCAGUAUUUAACAUCUUUGUCAAAUAAAGCAGAUCAUUAUACUCUAGUCUUCUAGGGAUAAUCAUUUUGGCUCAUUUGGGGACUCUUUUUCCCAUAAUUACUAAACAAAUUUUAUUACAUGUGACUACUUAAAUAUACUGUUACAGUGUCAUUUUAUUAUAUGUAAUUCACCUGUCAAAACAACAGAUUAACAAAUUCCUUAGUCUAAACUAAAGAUAAUUUUUAAGAGGGAAAUGGAAUUCAUAUCACCUCUUAUUUAUUAUGAGCAAUAUUUUAAUAUAAAAAUUUUAUAUGUAAAAAUGCUAUUUUAGGUACUUUGCCAUUCUCUUUAUAAAUGUGUAUUCAAGCGGCUCUGUACAUUUAUUUACACUAUCAUGUGUGACUAUGUUCACCCAUAUUUCAGGUCACUGCAUUUUAUUCUCUUAAUACAAUGUUUUUACGACUGUACCUUGCUUUCCAAAGAUAAAUGUAUUUUGGAUUAGAUAUCAAUUUAGUUGAGUUGUUUUAACUUCUAAUAACUCUUAUAAAAGAGGUAUUAAUAACUUUUUAAAGCAAGUAUUUAAAUAAAUAAAAUACAUUAUUUUGUUUUCUAACAAAAGCAGUUCUGAAUUAAUUCAGGAAGAAAAGACUAAUCUGGCUUGUCAACUUGUCUCCAUAGAAAUGAAAGCCUCCUCUACUUCUUUCAUUAUUAGCUUCACACCAAUGACUGUGAUGCAUUAGAAUUUGGACAGAGUAAGUCAAGCCUCACUUCCAAUUCAAAUACAAUGUCUAUCUUCAAAUUGGAUGUGCUGUGAAAUUGUUCUGUCUUUGAAAAGUAAGGCUAUUUUGUGUACCAUUUUGGGUAAAGUUUCAAGAAUACUUAAACUGUCUAAAUUAUAUUAUCACCAUCAUUGAAAUUAGUGCUCAAAAAAAGCAUUGUGAGGUAUUUUCCUAAAGUUUAGAAUCUAAAGAGAAAUAGAAUUGCUUGACAGGAGAAAAGCCAAACUCCUAAUUAAAAAAGAAACUUGAGCCUAUGUAUUAAGAGAAUGUUCUCAUAAGUUGCCUAUGAUGUUUCCAAAGACUUUUUAUCUAGCAGAUUGUCUCAAACAGCUAGAUAAGUUUUAGUAAUGUAUUAAGAGUACAAAUUAUAACCAAUGCAGAAUUAAAAUGGGCUCUAAAAUCUAUUUUUAGCUUGUGUUUAAAGUGUAUUUAUGAGGUAGAUCCUUUGAUUGAAAGUAUCUACAGAAAAGCCCAGUAACUUGGCAGCUUCAUGCAUAAAGAUAUAAAUGACAUUUGCCUUAAAUUUGGCAGCCUACCCUGGCUUGGGUUAGAUUUUAUUCUUGAACACAAAGAGUAUUUAGCUAAGCAAAGAAACACUUCAGUCUAGUUGAAAACAACUUUUUGUAAUGCUAAAGUGUUAAAUUGGCUUGAGGGUAUUAAUUGAUAUUCGUUGAUUUUGUUUUAUUUUUCUUUUUAAGUAUAACAUUACUUUUUGGAGGGAAUUUUUGGAAAGAUGCUUUCAGUUUCUCAGUUCUUUGAAUCACGAAAAAUGAACUUAAAAUCCAGGGAGUAUGGAUAUACAUUGCCUUAGUUUUGAUGAGCUUUAAAUUAAAUGUGUGCAAUAUCAAAAUAUUUGAAUUUACAAGUUGGGUAAAUACAGUUCCUGAUUAUGCCAAUAUCUUAGUGCUUAAUUGUUCCCACAUUUUCAAAUUUGACUAACUCUUUUUUGGCAUAAUUCAGUAAGAAUUAUAAGAAAACGUAAUUACCAGCCAGCCAGUGUGUUUGCACACAUUUGGGUUUGUGUUUAGAUGAGUUAGGGACAGUCAUAAAAGUUUGGGAUAUGUUGCAUUUGAUAUCAGUAGUAGCAUAUUUCCAGAAUAUGAGCCAUAAGUUGCAGUCUUGAAUACAACAGUGUUAUCCAAAGAAAGAAUUUUUCUGACAAAUAUAUAGCUUUACUAAUGAGUACGGAACAAUUGGGUCAGAGUGUGCAUGUACUGAGGUCUUAAGUGAGGACUCUGAUUUAUUCCACUUAGAUAUUUCUACUUAAACUCUUUAAAGGAGAGGUGCUCUUAAAAUUUUGCGGUGCUGGAUUUGAAUGAGUUUCUAGUAAAAACAUUUUUGUUGAAGUAUUUUGCACAGCAGUUUAUCCAAAUAUGUGGUAAACUUAUAAUUUAGUCCUAUGUUAGUUUUCUUAAUUAAAUAUGCAAUUAUUAUGUAAGCAAAUGUAAGUAUCAGGUACAGAGUUGAGUUCCAUCAGAACAUGAAACAUCACAAAUACUGGUUUCUGUACUUGGUUGUUCUCUACAGUUGUUAGUAAUUUUUGAAGACGUUUUGAACCGAAUUUCAUGUACUACUGUUUAAAAAGUGGCAAAACAGACUGCCAGUUGUCCAUUACUAAAAUUUCAGAGCUUAUAUGAUUAAGGGGAGUGAGAUAAGAUGAAUCUUUUUCAUGUUCAGUUUUAUAAUUAGACAAGUCAAAUUGUGUUUAAAAAAUCAGAAAAGUGUUUGUGAUCACCACACAGGGUUGUUCUCUUUAAAGUUUAAAUCUGUUCAACCUACAGUUAAGCUAAAAAUCAAUUAUGUUUACUUUGGAAUUAUCAUCUUAUCCUUUGAUCCUCAUAUUAAUAUCUAAAUUAGUCUUUUUUGAAAGGCAUGCACUUGAAACUCCAGUAUUAGAUGAUUCCGGCAGCAGAAUAGUGUUUAUUUCUGUUAUGUUGUUUCCUAUGCACAAUGUUAGAACAAAGACACACUCUUUGUUUUUCAAAAUACAUGUUUAUUUUACCACAAAGUGCCCAUUUUUAUAUACAUUUAAGGAUUAUUUUUUCAAUAUCAAGUUCACGUUGGAAAGUGAUUUCAGAAAUAUAGUCAAAAUAUAUAGUCAAAUAUAUCUUGACAGGCAUCUUGAGAUUUUUUUGGUUUUUUAUUUUACUAUAUUCUUUACAACUGAAAAUGAUUUUGUGUUUUCUUUAUAUUGUUUAUAUGUUUUUUACCUUAGUAUUUGCAAUGAUAAGGCUUGUUGGUCCAUUUUUGUUCAUUUUCUUAAAGUAAGCUUUUAGAUAUAUUCGUUUUAAUGUUUCAAUUUGGGUUUUGUUUUGUUUUGGAAGAAUCUGCUUUCAUUAUUAAAUUACAAAAUGUAAAAUAUAAAUGCUCUAAACUUGAGUAGGAAUUUUUUAAAGAGUAAAUUAUUCGUGUAGCUUAUUAGGAGGUUCAGGUUAGUGACCAAAAGGUGGGUUACAUGUACAUGAAAAUUUUUAAAGGUACCAUAUGAAAUUCUUGUAUUGUCACUUUUUCUGAUUUAUGCCAGUUCAUUUACUGACAAAUGUUACUAAGUACUUAUUAAGAAGUUUAAUACUCUGCAAAAACAUUUUGUUACUUUUUGUUCAGAUGUAAAGCAAAGAUAAUUAUGUUGUUUCAGUGUUUGAUUGUAUUUUUAACAUUAGAUUGGUGGGAGUAAUUAUUUGAGGAAGUUUGUGGUGAAAAUUAGUAAGAGAUAAAACCCUCACACCGUUUAUUCUUACCAGGUAAAAUUUUGUGGUCAUGGGGUAGGGUAGAGUUUAGUACCAGAAUAAUAGAGCCUCACACACAAUAAAAAUAACUUGGAGGAAAGCUAUAAUGCUUGCAUCUCAGUAUUUUUAUUUCACUUCGUCCUUUCAUAAUUGACCUUGUUAUGAUGCAGUCUAGCCUAUUAAGUAACUUCCGGCUAUGGUAACAUUGAUGUGAACCAUAUUACAGCAAGUCUCCAAAAUAUCUAGUUUGUAACAUACACUUUCCCUGUUUUAGUUUGAGUCCACAUUACUAACACAUUUUAAUAAUAUUUAAUUAUUUCACAAUUUUAGGUUUACCAAAGUAAACAAAAAAAUCAUGAAGAUAAGUAUUGCCCUCCCCAAAGAUUAGUUGAACUUGCCUCAACUACACCUAAAGCACAGGGGAAUUUUAGUAAGUGUGUGUACCUUAUUUCUUUUAAACACAUCUAGAAUGUUUUUCUUUCACCCUACUACCUCCAAAAGAGGCAGUUUAGAAAGUAUUCAGUAGUAAGUUUUGUUAAAUGCCAUUUUGUGUGUGUGUGUGUGUGUGUGUGUUUGAGAGAGAGAGAGAGAGCGCGCGUGAGAAUCUUGCUUUAAAACAGUAGUAUAUACUAUAGUCAUUGAACUUAAUCUCUCUGGUGUUAGAAAUUUACAAAAUUGUAUUAACACAUUAGAAAAAAGAAAAUGAAGCUGCUGUGGUAAAAACCAAGUUUGUUUCAAAAAAAUAGACAAUUAUUUGGCUGUUAUAUUUUCUUUGAAAACUGCAAUAAUUUAUAUAUUUGUAUUGCUCUGCUUUGGAAGUGUAACUAUAUAUGCUUGUCUACUAUUUUUAGUUUUACAACAAUAAAAUAAAUAUUUUGUUA